GCUGUCGAUGGGAUUAAACCCGAGUUGAGGUAGAGCGUUGGGAAUGCAAGUUGCAAUCCCGAGUCCGGCGACAGAAGGGCGAUUUGUCCCUUUCUCUGUUUGUAUCCGUCUGUCAAAUGGUGUGGACAGCAGAAGCAGAACCCAUGGCGCUAUUUGUGCCAACACAACUCAUUCGAAUUCCAACAAAAAUCUAUGGAGCUCUCUUCUGCUACUCUGCGGACAAAGACAAAAGCAGAUUAUCCUCAGCGGCUCCCUACCUCAUUGGGGAUUUGGAUCAAUUCUGGCCUCGAAAAUAGCAAGAAAGAUUGUGCCUCACAUAUUCUUAACAUUUCAUUUUGGGAAGUAGGAGAAAAAUCUGUAACAAUGGCAGAUGACGGUGAGAAGGCAUUUUAAUAAGUACGGAGGAAUUGCAGUUUGGUAUUGAAGAUGAUGCCGUGCUUAAGCGCAAGUAGGGGCUACAGGCCCUCCCCGUUUUCCUCUCCAACAUCAACAACAUGUUCAUCUUCUUGUGCUGUAGUCUCUGAUACGAAGAGUACUAGUAUUUCCUCUAGUGGGUCAGAAAUCAGUAGCCUCGUUGUCCCACAGAAGAAGGCCAGAACAAGGCGCAAGAGGCCCCAGCAAAUGUAUAAUGAAGCAGCGGCAGCGCUUUCUGCCAUUUAUCCCAAAAUUUUCUCCCAGAGGAAUUGUGGGCCUCAUCGAAAAAAGAUUGAUUCCAAGGUAUGGAAAAAAAUCGAGCCCCUUAGAUUUAAGGAAGUUGGGGCUCCUGAAUUGUUAUCACAGGAAGUUCCUACAUUGAUUGGAAGAGUGAGAGAAGUCGAAGAAACUGAGCUUCUGUAUAACGAGGGAAUUCCUCCCGAGUUGAAAUGCGGGAUUGGGGACCAGUCUUCUCGCAGGCAAGUCUCCCGUCUGGUAGAAAAUGAUUCAGAUGAUUCAAAGUUCAAAUCCCUUUCUCUGUCGGAAGUGGAAGUUGAUGUUUCGAGUCCUUCGUCGUAUGAUAGCGGGGGUAGUGAAUACAAAUGCUUUUUGGAGUCCAGUGAUGGUGAUAUUGAUGGGGGCAUUAUGAGCAGCAUCAUGGGAAGUGAUGCAAAUCCUGAGACAGAGGAUGGUUUUGGAGUUUUUGGAUUUGUACAAGGGACUGAAUACAACUUGCAGUCUUCUGCCAUUAGGGCUCUUCGACGGACUUCCGACUCUAUGGUUUGCCCUGUUUUUGACUAUUCAUUUCCCAGGUUGAAGCUUUCUGAUAGGAGUAUGACAGAGGAGAGAAAUACAGUGUUUUUUUCUUCUCUGGAUUUGUUGAAACGAGAUGAUUACCAGCACAGGCUUAAGCUGCAGUUAAACUAUGAAGAUGUUAUCAACGCUUGGUCGGACCGAGGCCCGCUCUACACAGUUGAAGUUCAAGACCCACAAAUGGUGCCUGAUGAUUCUUAUUCUGAUCCCAUGGCAACAAAUAUGAUCUUUGAUGUGGUUCCGGAUCUUGGGUUCUGGAGUUCUGCAGGAGAUGGAUUUUAUGGACAAAUGGACGAUAGGUCAAGCACAGUAUUGGAGGAUGGGAGGAUCAAUGGUUCAGGAGUUAGAGAAGCCAGUGUACUUCGUUAUAAAGAGAAGCGAAGAACAAGGUUGUUUUCCAAAAAAAUACGAUAUGAAGUCAGAAAGCUCAAUGCAGAGAGACGCCCACGAAUGAAGGGAAGGUUUGUGAGAAGGCUGGGAGAUCUGUAAAACAAGCUAUUCUUUUAUUCAAGAUUUAUAAUAAGGUGCAGAUGCUUCAUACUGAACUGGCCAAGGACACUUUCUUCUCGAAGAACAUGCAAGAUAUUGCUGCAGAAGCAUAUUCAUUUAAUUAGGAAUCCAAAGGUUGCAGAGUUGAGGUUAUCAACUGCAAUUUGUGUUUUUGCUUUCUUUCACUCCGGCUUUCAGCUAAACAAAACUAAUUUGUUUAGCUAUCCCACCCCAUGGUUUCUGCAGAGUUUGCAGAGAGAUUACUUUUUUCUUUCUUGUUGCUUGCUUUUGCACUAAGCUCUUCAAUUGCAUCCACAAUAAGUUUGGCUUCUAUUCUGCCAGAUCUCUGUCUUCCACAGUUUUGAGAGUUCAGUUAAGAAGAAUAUUUAGAAAAUGAGUUAAGUGGAGAAAAUUUGCUCCAUUUUUUAGAACAGUUGUUUCCUCAAUGGUCCCAAGCUGGCCAGCCGGUGAUUUCAUUUGUCAACUGCAAUAAUGCAUGAAAAUAGAAUCAAACAAUUUUUUUAUUACAUAUAAUAGGUAUGGGCGUGUUCAUUACAUGAAUAGCAGGUUUCUUUA